CCAGCCGAGAGGCGCGUGUCAGUUUUCAAAGCCAUUUUUCAAAGCGGAGACCCCACCAAACCCCUGUCUCUCGAUCCUCGCGAGUCAGCGCCAUGUCGUCCCCACCACCACAGCGGCCACCAACCACCACCACUGCGCUCCCGCCUACCGCCACGCCCCCUCCUCCGGCCACCGCCUCGCAGCCCCUGCCGCGCGCCUUCCUCGCCACCUACACCGCGCCGCAGCGCGCCGCCAACUCGACCCCCACGCCGCCGCUGCUCUUCACCGGCCGCCCGCUCAACCCUAACCCUAGCCACACCUCCCCCGCGCACGGCAUCCUCUACCCCGUCGCCGCAUCAUCCUCCACCCCCGCCGCCGCCGCGGCGGCGGCGGCGAACCAUCGCCGCGCUCCCCCCACCGGCGUCGCGUACCCGCGCGCCCACGCCGUCGCUGUCCCCGUCACAGCGCCGUCUCAGCAGCCCCAGGUGCCAACGCAGCAGCGGUCCUACGCUGCGGUGCCGCGGGCGGUGGUGGCGGGCGUGACGCCGCGUCCAGAGCACCCUCCCCGAGGGGUUCCAAUAGCCCCGCAUCCUCAGCUCAAGGUUAAUGCUGUUCCAGCUGUUACUCCAUCUCUGGCUGUUACUCCAUCUCUGGCUGUUACUCCAUCUCCAGCUGUUACUCCAUCUCUAGUUGUUACUCCAUCUCCAGCUGUUACCCCGUCUCCAGCUUUUACUCCAUUUCCUCGGGAGCAUGUCACCACAAAGGAGAGAGAAAGUACCAAAGAAAACGCUUCAACUGUGGUGAUCAAUGACCGCAAAGUUAACGUGUUAGACAGUGAGUCAGGAUCCUUGUAUGCUCUUUGUCGAUCUUGGCUACGCAAUGGUGUUCCACAUGAAAUUCAGCCAAGCUUUGCUGGAAACGUUGCACCACUUCUUCCAAGACCUUUGCCUGCUUCAGUUGUAGAUUCUAGGAUGUCAGAAAAGGACAAUGAUGUUGAAGAUCAAGUUUCAGAAGAAGAGCAGUGGAGGAGGAAGAAGUCUCUUCCUGCGGCUCAGCUGUCAACCUGGAAAUGGAGAGCUCUUCGGCCGGAAUCCCACAUCUAACAGUCCCAAUGUACUGGAAGCGGGGCAGGAUCAGCCGCCGUCUUGGCGAUGGGAGCAGCAGCAGAGGUGGUGUUGGCCUGGUUGGGAUCAUCCUAGGCUUGACUUUGCUUUUGGUGGUGUGAGUCUUUGCCAGGGAGGGGGCCUUGAAUCCGUUGUACUUGUUCGCCCGGUCACUACGACGAAGCUGGAUAGUAACAAUUUCAGCAACUAUCUUAGUCUUGCGUCCCCUUGCGUGCAGUGGGUCUGUCAGAGAUCAUUGCAGUGGUGUCACUCAUUACAAUCCCCAGGCUAUCAGACUGUAUCUGUAGCAACAGGUUCGGUAUCUAAUCCAUGACAAGCUUCAUCAGAGUAUGAUAGAGUAGCAAAGGCAGUGUUCCAAUUCGUUUUGUCAACUCUAACCACUUCCAUGAUGUUCAGAGGGACCAGUAUCGGCCAGGUGGUCUUCAGAGCAUGAGCUACAAACGAGAACUGCAGUUUCUUGCAGAAAAGAGUAGCAUUCUGAUCCAUACCUGGUUUAUAAGUGAUCAUCAAAGGCAUAGCUAUAGAUGUAAGACCUGAAGAAAUCAAUGAGCUGGUUGAAGGGCAGUACCUGAAGUUCCUGUGUUCGAUGACCUGGUUGAAAGGCCCAGGGAAGAAUUGGUAGGGUGUCACAGGAAAGAUGGCCAUGGCUUGCAAGCUUUGUGGUGGUGGUGGUGUGCUGGAGGAGCUCAUUUCUCUGCCUCCGAUACUAUCAUUUCUUUCCUGAACCCCACGAUUUGGUUCUCUGUAGGAGUCUGUUGCCUAUUCAUUUUGCGUUGCCAAAUCAAAUGCUGACGAUCCGCCCUGAAAUUACAUUGAGAUGUAUAAAUCUGUUUUUUCUUCCAUAUCAAAGAUCCUUGAACAUUUCCUUGCUUGUUGUGCUCAUAUAUCCUUCCUUUCAUGGACUGAUUGGCAUUCACUUUAGAAAUCUGUAUCUUAGGCUUCCAGAAAUAUUUGGCAGUAUUAAUCCCCUCACAA